AUGAAGAAAUUUGGUAUGAAAUGUGCAACUUACAAAAGAACACCAGGAACAACACAUUUGAUGCUUACCAAAAAUGAAAAGGGGAUUGAUGUUGAUCAAAGUCCAUAUAGAAGUAUGAUUGGUAGCUUAUUAUAUCUCACUGCAAGCAGACCUGACAUUGCUUUUGCAGUUGGUGUUUGUACUAGAUAUCAAGCUGCUCCAAAGAUGAGUCAUCUGACUCAAGUGAAGAGGAUUCUCAAGUAUAUAAGUGGAACUUGUGAUUAUGGUAGUGCUGAUGAUAGAAAAAGCACUUCUGGAGGUUGUUUCUUCCUUGGAAAUAAAUUGAUUUCAUGGUUUAGCAAGAAACAAAAUAGUGUAUCUCUGUCUACUGCUGAAGCAGAGUAUAUUGCAGCUAGAAGUGGUUGUUCUCAAUUACUAUGGAUGAAAAUAAUGUUGAAGGAGUAUAAUGAUGAGCAAUUAGUUAUGACAUUGUACUGUGACAACCUUAACAUAAUGAUGAAACAGAGUUUGUGUAUUGUGUCUGUGGUAUGGUUGUAUCUGCUGAAAAAGAAGUUGUGGAUAUGGAGGAUCUUGACUCUUUAUAUCACGAAUUGGAAAGAAGCUUGGAUAAAUAUUCAUGAAGUUCUGUGA